AUGCGGAGAGCAUGGCAGCGUACCGUGAAGGCAGCGAUGGCGUGGGAGGGGCAGGGACUUCAUGGGGGAGAGCGAGCGCGCAUGGUGGUGCACCCGGCAGCAGGAAACGCAGGGAUUCUCAUCCAGGGCAUUAGAGCAUCUUGGGAGAGCGUCGUGGACACUUCGCUGUCCGUUACCCUGGGGCAACCCCCGAAAAACGGCUUGCAGCGAACCCUGGCAGCAGCAGGGGUGUGGAUCAGUCGAGGAGGAGCUCAAACUCUUGGGCAUCUUCUUUCAGGACCGACUGUCUCCACUGUUGAACACUUGAUGGCAGCGCUGUCCGGGUGUGGGGUAGACAACGCAAGGGUAGAGGUGAGUGGAGGGGAGGUUCCGAUCAUGGAUGGGUCUGCGAAGGAGUUUGUGAGCAUGCUGAAGGACAACGUCGUUGAACUGCCUGAGUUUGAGCGAAGAUGGAUAGUGGUGGAGAAGGAAGUCAUUGUCGACGAUGGCCAUGGGAGGAUGGCGAUGCUUUCACCACCGAGCCAUGCAGAGAGGAGCAGGGGAUCGCUGAGACUCCAUGUAGAGGUCAACUAUGAUGAGAAGUUCGAGCAAGGGGCAGGAGUGACAUCUGAAGGAGAAGGAGCGGGAGGUGCGGGAGGAUGGAGGGGCAGAUGGGGAGGGUCGCGGGUCUUCGAGUUCGAGCGAGAGGAAUUCGAGGGUGUAGCGAGCGCAAGGACGUUCUGCUUCCACCAGGACGUCGAGCAGAUGAGGAGGAUGGGGCUAGCAAGGGGAGGCUCCCUGCUGAACGCAGUCGUGUUCAAGGGAGGAGAGGUUAUGAACGAGGAAGGGCUCCGCUUCCCCGAUGAGAUGGUCAGACACAAGGCCCUGGACGCCCUCGGGGAUCUCUCGCUAGGAGGGAGGCUGGUGGGGAGGUACCAGUCGGUCAAGGCCGGGCACGGGAUCAACGUGCAGCUGCUCAGGAAGCUCUUUGCGUCAGGGGAGAACUACCGCUGCGCAUGA